AUGGCUACCGACAAGCAUACUCAGGGUAUGAUGACCAAGGACACUGCUCUGGCUGGGUUCACGCUUUGGCCAAAGCAAGAGGUUUUACGAAUCGAAGCGCUAUCAGACCAAGAGGUCCUGUCAGAACUUGAAGGAAUUGUGGAUGGUCGCAAUUAUUCCUGGCACAGCAUUAACGAAUUGAUGAAAAAACAACUAUAUAAAGGUGCUCUCGAGUUUACCUUUGAAGACGGAGACGUCAUAUUCGAGUGGAAUAUCCUCUGCGAUGAGAAACGGAACUGGGAGCAAAACAGCCUUCUCUCGUCUAGUAGCACUGAGUUCAAUAGAGACUGCUUGAUUAACCUCAAGAUACUUCCUGCUAAAGCAGGAUUUGGCUACGAAGGUUCGAGUCUUGUGGUGGCUAAUUUAGAUGAGCCUAAUCUUUUGACAAAGGAUCUAUGGGUGGCUUCUGAGGAGUGGGAGGCUCAGGCAUUUAGAUGCUUCCAAGUUAAGCCCGAUAAGGAGUCUGUAGGUGAGAAAGAUGAUGACAACAAGGAUGAAGAUAGCGACAAUAAUGAAGAUGACGACAACAAGGAUGAAGAUGACGACGAGGAUGAAGAUGAAGAUGAAGAUGAAGAUGAUGAGGAAUAUGAAGAUGAUGAGGAAUAUGAGGACCAGGAAGAAAGUGAUAGCGAUGAUUUUGAUGAGAGCAAAUACUUUGAUUCGUUAUAUGAGAUGUUUUAG